AUGUCACAGCUUGAUCCAAAAGUUUGGACUCAAAGCACUGCCGACAACGGUGAUACUGUCUAUUAUUGCAAAGUGUGCUGCGAUUCACGCGCCAGAAAGGCAUUCAAUUGCCCUGGACAUGAACGCACUAGCACUCAUCUUGCGGCACUAAGCCGGCAGCGGCAGCCAACACCAGCUAGUUCGACAAUCAACGAAGUCCGCGGUAAUCCCACGGCAUCCAUUUCCAACCACAGAAUCAUCGACGAUGCUUUGAGAGCUCUUUUAGUUUCCUCUUCGUCAAAUCCUCGCCAGCCUAUGUAUCACUUUGGCUGCCCUCCUCUUCAAUCUGGAACUUCACAUGCAACUCCGUCAUCCCCUCCUCUUCAAGCUCCAACCCAGUCUGGCCCAGUUUCUCCUCUUACCGGCUUUGACUGGAAUUUGUACGAGGCAACUCAAGGCAGUACAGAUCCUGACCAAGAAGAUGAGCCUACGCCUUGUAUACGUGUUCGUGAAGGCGUAUGUCAGUGGUUACUUGAUCUACUAGAUGGUGUUGAAGAAAAUGAUGACCCGGUAGGGGAUAUUUUGGUAGCCAGUGAGGAGUCGGACUCAAGUGCUGAUGAUCUCCCCGCUCGUCCUUCAGUCAAAAAGCGUACACGAACACAAAAUUUGGAUCCUAGGGAGCUGGAAGAAUGGUAUCCAUGGCAGGAUAAAAUUACAUGUUCUUUAGAUAUCUUGAUGCACUUGCCCCGUUCUGUGUUUUCGCGUAAACAACUUGAUUUAUUUUUGUGGAUUUUACGCGUGAACGAAGUUCGGAAUGUCCCCAGCAUCAAGACUAUGAAGACUCUAAAUUCUGCACUUCAAAAAAUGUGUGGCAUUGAUACUAUUCCAUAUACAAGCACCCGUGGCACAAAUUACAGCAUGAACAACAUAUCCCAAAUUCUUGCCCAGGAAAUGAGCAAUCCAAAAGUGCGACCGUACCUGAGCUUUUUCCCAGAAGACACCGGCAAGUCCAUCCAAGAAGCACGACAAGCUGCAAAAUGGUUGCACGAAAUAAUUCCUGAAAGAACGACACCCAUGAUACGGUUACACAAUGCUGACUAUUACAUUUUUGAGCCAACUAUGUUAAAAGAUGGCUCAUGUGUUAUUCCGUAUCGGUGGUAUGUCAAGAGCGGGCACAUGUAUGCGUGUUCGUGGGUCAUGGAAAAGGAAACAUCAGAAAAUGGAACGGUUGGAUGGGUUGUUCGGAAGGACCGUAUCCGAGAGGACCAACAUCCCGAGAUUGUGUCUUGGACACAUACGGAUCCUGCUACAGGUAAUCGCUGGAGAAAAUUGGCACAAGGUCACCGAACAGUGUGUCUUCCACUCUGGCUGUAUUGCGAUGACACAUCUGGCAAUCAGUCCAAGCAGUGGAACGAACAUAACAGCUACUUAUUUACCUUAGCUGGGUUGCCGCGUGACCAAUUGGCCAAAGAAUAUAAUAUUCACUUCAUAUGUACCUCAAAUGUUGCACGGCCUCUCGAAAUGUUGGAAGGAGUUGUUAACCAAAUAAAGUCAGCUCAAGAGACAGGUAUAUGGGCCUGGGACUGUGUAUAUAACGAAGUGGUGCUUGCGUAUCCAGCAGCAUUUGCUUUCUUAGGUGAUAACCCAAUGCAGAGUGAGUUUGCCUGCCAUAUAGGUAUGUGCGGCAAGCUGUUCUGUCGGGUAUGCUGGGCAAAGGGCCAGGACGGAAGUGAAACAAAUGUUGAUCUUUCUGACCUGUCCAAUGUUCCAGAUUCUAAUCAGUCACCAUUGUACAGUCCUGUUGCUUCAGAAAAUGGAGGCGAGAGCAUACCACACAGUCCAGCUACUUCUGAUCAUCAAGAUGAUGUAGCAGUCAGUCGAAAACGCAAGCCAGAAAGCAUGGAAUCAAUGGUCAAACGUAUUACAGCUUUUUUAGAGACUGGCAGGUUGCGAUGCAAACAAGAGACUAUACAAAUAUUGCAGUCCUAUCUCAAUUUAGCAUCCAGUAUUGGCUCCAAAACCAAGCUCAAAACCGAGAAAACAAAGACCGGUAUCAAGGACACUUACCAGGAUUUCUUUCUUGAGAAGUUACUCACGUCGUACGCAAAGAAAAAGGGGCCGAUGGAAAAGCAAGCUGCGCUUGAUGAAGCAAUACAAAAUCUACCGGAUGAUAUUAUAAGCCCAAUUUGGGAUUUGGACGAAAUCGAUCCACAUCAAGACACACCAGUUGAAAUACUUCAUGUUGUUUUGCUGGGUUUUGUGAAGUAUUUUUGGCGUGACCUUGUUCAAAACCAGCUUAACGAUGAAGGCAAAAAGCUGUUAAUUCAGCGACUCAACAGCUUUGAUUAUGCUGGUUCUCUCACUGGCCGGGAUUUCCAAGCGAUAUCGCAAGUGGCACCUCAUGUCAUUUACGAUCUUGUUCCCACCAAUGUCUUUGACGCCUGGGUGUCGCUUUCAAGACUUGUUCCACUUAUCUAUCAGCCCAAAAUUGACGAUAUGGACAAAUAUCUUGUGAAACAUGUGCGACGGUUUGGUCCUGCAAUCAUAUUUGCUACUGAAUCUUUUGAAUCAUUCAAUGCAGUGAUUCGAGCUAAAAGUAUUCAUAGCAAUCGCCAAUCCCCAUCGCGAGACAUCGCCAUGGCUUUCGCCGAAGGCAAUCGUAUCCGACAUUUACUGAGUGGUGGGCUCUUUCUCCAGAAUCGCCAUCGUGACAUCCAGCAUACUACUGCCAGAGAUUGGCGAAGCAUUGGUCCAGGCCCGAACAGAAUUAUUGCCAUUGAUACAAUUAUUCCCAGCUAUCUUGGGCUAAUGGCUGCCACCGAUCCGUUAUUUUCAUCGGGACGAUGUAUAGUCGAUAAAACCCCUCCCAGGCCUCUUACGCAAACUCUUACUGGCACACUCCUUCCCAAUGUUGCCCUCGGAAACCACUCAUUUCAAACCUGCAAGCAAGUUCAACUCGAAAACGGCGAAAAUUGUGAACCAGGACAGUACGUUAUAGUGCAGGCACGUCAGCCCAAUGGCGCACCUCGAGCACCCUUUGUUGCCUGUGUUAAGGAAAUCGUACUGCAGCUGGGAUCAAGCAAUGGUGCCAAUGGAUAUCCCGAAGGCCUACUGUUGCAGUCAGUGUCUACAAACCAGGUUAACAGCAAGCUUCAAAUGCCUGCUCUGAUGCCUCUGGAAGAUACCUGGUCAUUCCUUCCUCUCUCGAAUAUCUUGUGCACUGUCAACGCGCCACAUGACUGCGCACAAUAUAACUGCACAGCGAGUGGUGUUCGAUAUGUGUAUCAAGAGCGCAAGGCAACAACCAUCAAAACUCCAGUCAUUGAACAUAAAGUCAACCCUGACCACCGUGUUCUUAAUAUGGGGCAGAUGCGCAAUUCUAUUCAUCUGCAGCAAUUUCGCGUUCCUGCACGACCGAUUCCUAACAAAUUGGAAACAAUACACGAAGCUGUUUCCCGUACUAUUGAUACACGAAAGGCGGCAGCAACCAGCGGUCGUGCCACACGAGGAAGGGAGAAAGCGGCUCAUAAACUUAAAGGGCAAGGCCACAGUCGACAUCGUGACAUAGGCCAAGAUCGACAGGCUAGUAUUCCUAGUGUGUCUCCCCUUUCGCCACUUCCAUCUGCACAGACUGCUGCUUCAUCAUUGCCACCACCCUCGCCAGUGGUUUCCCAGGCCCAGCCAUAUCCUUACUUCUUUUGGCCACCAGCACCCUCUAAUACAGCUUAUCCACAUUACAAUCGACAACCACAGCAGUACCAAGGGUAUACGAUGCCAUACCCUCAGCAUUGGGUUCCCAAUUCAUCAUCGUCGUGGGUUCCAAUGCCCCAUCUGCCGCCGCCAACUCAACACCCAGAUGGUCGUUAA